ACCAACAAAUAACGACACAAAGUAGAAUGUGUAAAAAAGAAUUUGCAAAUUUUCAGAACUGUCAAAUAUUGUGUCAGUUAGUCGAGAAGAAAAAUCUUAAUGUGCUAAUUUUUUCCACUUGAAUUGGGAAAAGAAAAAAGAAACACAGUGGCAUACAUAAGGAAAUUGUGUACAAGUGCUCUCCCAAUAGAUUUGAGUGUGGUAACCAGAAUGCAAUAAUUUCAAGUGGAUACGUGUGCGGCAUAGUGUCUUUGCAAGUACAAAUCAAGAAAGCACCAGAGAUUUCCACCACGUGUACACAAUCACGAGAGCUGCAGUAGCAUCUCUGUCUUGGAUUUGGCCGAAAAAUCACAAAGCAACAAAUCGCAACGAUUAUUAAAAUUGAAUGCACAAAAACUAGAUCGUGGAGGCCGAAUAAUAGAUGCACCAGUAGGGUCAACUGGGCUGUAACGCAAAGUAGAAGUAAAUAAAUUUGCAGUUGAUACGGUUUUACGGAUUUGAGUUGAGAGGAAAAGUUUAUAUACCUAGAAGUUGUGAAAGAAAAUUUAGUAAGAUUUGCAAGCGACUUUACUGCCAAAACGUCGACGAAAACUCCAACUUCAACUCCAAUAACAAAAACCAAAACAAAAGGAACUGUUGCUGCUGUAGAGUCGACAGCAGGUGGUCGUCGAUCGAGUAAAGUGGUAACAGUGGCAGUAGCGGCAGCGUCACCUGCUGCUAAAACAACGGCAACAACGACAACAACGGCGGUCCCAUCGUCAUCAGGUGGUGGUGCAGGCACUGGUGCUGGUGCGGGGACAGGAACUGGUAGCGCAGGUGACGGCGGUGGUGCUCGUCGUCGUAGUGGGCGACGUAGUCAUAGUAGCACUAUUCCGCAGCAACAGCAACAUCAACAGCAUCAGCAGCAGCAGCAGCACACUAUUAGCAAUACUAGAAGCGGUCACAAUAUUAAGACUAGUGCGAGCCGCAAUAGCAACAUUCGCAGUUCUUCGUCCAAUAGCACAAUGGCAUCGUCCAAUCACCGUGGUGGCGGAGGUGGCGGCGGUGUUGGCGGUAGUUCGGGCCUACAAAUUGGCUCGGCGUGGUUUCAACGCAAAAUCAAUUUACGACCACAGCAUCGAGGUGUUCAUUUAGUCACAGAGGAGAUACUCCGACAAAUGCCCGAACUGGUGCAGUUUUCAGUGGGAUUGUGUCAUGUGCAGAUCCUUCAUACAUCGGCGAGCUUGGCGUUAAACGAGAGUUGGGAUCCAGAUGUUAGGGACGACAUGGAAAUGAUGUUAAAUAAAAUAGUUCCCGAAGGCCUACCGUACAGGCACUCGUGCGAAGGACCCGAUGAUAUGCCGGCGCACGUGAAAGCCUGCUUUCUCGGUAGUUCAUUGACAAUCCCCAUAACUGAUGGUAAAUUAUCGCUUGGUACAUGGCAGGGCGUUUGGCUAUGCGAGCAUCGCGAUCAGGCGGGUUCACGCAAACUGGUUAUAACACUGUCCGGGUGUCCUCGUGAGACGGCGCGCAGUCCGCUGUCGCCAGUAUCGCCAAUCGCUUCGACAUCCAGUUAGGGAAGGCCUCGCUCCACUCGCGAUAGUCGGUAAUCGCGGGGGAGCGACAAUAAUGACAUCAUUUCGUCGAGGAAAUUAAUUUUUAAUAGAAAUUUAGCUAAUACCAAAAUCAGUGCAACAACAACAACAACGGCGGCGGCAGCAGCAGCCGCAGCAGCAGUAGCAAAAAGAAAACCAACAGCAGCAGCUGCCACUACAACUACUACUUGUGCGAAAAAUACGACUAAUUUAACUAAUAUAACUACGAACACGUUAUUAAGUAAUAGUAGAAGAUUGUUAAUGAAAAAUCAAUUACAUUUAAAUUUAAAUGUAAUAGAAACAUUGAAUGUUGAUAAUGAUGAUAAUGAAGGGGAUCCGGUAGAAGCGGCAGCAGCAGCAGCAGCAGCAGCAGCUGCUGUAGCGGAGUUGAAAUGGGAUGGUGUUAAUGUAGAAACCGUCACAACAGUGCCUCAACAACAACUACAACCACAUGAACAAAAACAACAACUACCAGAAGAACAACAACCACUUAGAAGAGAAUAUAGUAAAGUCGAAGCUAUUUCAAUGGGACAGACGUCUACAAUAGCAACAGCAACAGUUAGGGGAGAAGCAGGAACUUCAACAGCAGCAGCAGCAACACGAGUAGCGGCAACAUCGUUAUCAUCAUCACCGUCAUUGUUGAAUUCAUCAUCAACGGCAUUAGCUAAAUUUAACCGAAUCAUCGACAGUACAAUGCCGGCAACCAACUACUAUCAGCAUUAUUUGCAACAUCAGCAAGCGCAUGAGAGUAUGCAACAUGCAAUGCGCGCCGGCUUAGCGCCACCAGCUCCGCUGAGUGACGCAUUACAGCAGCGGCUAGCGCUUGUAUAUCCCGACAUUGUCUCGACUGAUUCGCAAACGAAAAAAAUUAAUUUCACAACAGCAGCAACAACAACAUCAGCAGCAGCAGCAGCGGCGGCCACAGCGAAAACAACAACAACCAGAACUGUGCAAGCAGCCAAACCGAAAGCAAAAGUGAAAGGAAAAUCCGGUGCGUCGCUUGAGCGCCUACGUUCGGCGCGAGCGGAAAUAGCAGCGGAAGAGGAAGCGGCAACAUUAAUGGCCGCAGCUGCUGCAACAGCAACAUCACCCGAUGAUAAUCAAAUGAAACGAAAUGAUGUGCAUUAUUUGUUGAAACAAUUAAAUAGUUUUAGUGAUAUAGAAGAAAUAGAAAUUGUUGAUAUGGAGCAAAGGCAGCGGCAGCUGGAUGAACAGCAGCAGUUGGUACAACAGCAACAACAGCUCGCCCAACAGCAACAACAGCAACAGUAUAUGGGACAUGGCGUGGACAAGACACACUCACCGACAGCGCAAUCGCUUGUGAUAAUCUCGCCAUCGUCGUUAUCGCACAAAGGCAUACGACGUUACGCCUCAUUGCAUCAGCAACAGUGCACUCAGUAUCCGCUUGACAGCGACGAGGCGAUCGACAGCGUCGAACAGCAGCAAUAUUUGUUGCAACAAUUCGACGAUUACCUUUUUCAGUCCUGCCACUAUUUGGAGACAAAUUAUUUUGCCGCCAACUAUCGCACUGCCAUGGUCGAGAGCAGCUCGCACGAGUUUCGACCAUCGACGACGACGACGACAGGCACUUCGGCAGCGUCUGUCUCAUCGGAGCAUUCGCUUGAGCUGCACGAGACUGAGCCGCCGAGCGUCAUAUGCAAAGCGCCGCCACCAGCGCCUGUGUCACCGCCCACUACAACCGUAGCCACUACUGUAAUGCCAUCAUCCGUUGGUGGUAUUGCAGUCACGUCCACAACGCUAAAACGCUACGGUAUGCAAGCGCGGUUGACUACCAGUGGCGUACAAACCGAACUCACCGCCACCUCACUAACGGAGGCGUCAUUGGCGAAGAGCACCAGCAGUUCGGCCAGUUCCGAAGAGCAGCGACGACGUGCGCCAUUCUUCAAAUGCUGCUACACGCCCAUCGAUCGCUGGCGAGAAAAGCGUAGCGCAGCACAUACGGCUGCAGCAGCACAAAAGCGCGGUAGUCGACGUGCCACCGCGCAGACUAGUGGUGUUGAUGCUGCAGCGUCGGUGAGUGGGCGUGCCGUCGGUAUCAGUGCCACCGUCGGACAGCAGCAGCAGCAACAGCAACAGCAACAUACGCGCAAAAAUGGGCAUGCAGUCUGACAAAACGCGUGCGCGAUGGUGUGUGUAGGCGUAGUGAGUGUCAGCGUGAGCUGUGAGAAGCGACGUGCGAACAAAUACAGAAAUACAAAAUCGAUCAGCGCCGCUGUCUAUUUGCGAUAUCAACAAUUUUUUCUAUUUCAAAUUGAUGCUUGGGAUAUUUACUAACAUACAUUGGUAUACGCGAAAAUAUCUCAAGUGGAUUAUUUGUUGGUAAACUAGAGAUGAAGUGAAGAGAGAUGUAGUAGUGGCGCCUUGUGCGCGAAAACGAAACCGAAACAGAAGCAGAAAAAUGAAGAUUUGCGAAAUUAAUUGGUGGAUUUAGGAAACAAAGAAAAAACAUAAAAUAAAAUAGAAGUCUUAAAAAGUGUUCUAAAUGUUAAAGCUUUUUUAAAAGGCUUUUUAAGUUAAGUUAUAUGCAAAUAAGCUGGAGGCGAAAGAGUGCAUUGCCAGUGCGAGCUGGCGAGUUUAGGAAGUUGCGCACGCUAACUUCAAAGAUAAUGAAGAGUUGAUGGCAGUUUUAAGUUUUUUGCCUUAAAAUGUAAAAUUUUUUUAAUAUCUUGACUCAAGUAAGGAAAGGAGUGUAACUAAACUUUUUUUUUUUUUUUUUUGUUUUUUUUUUUUGUACCCCUUCUUUUGGCGCUUGAUUCUGCGCAAUUCAUUUAUUAUAAUAUAUUUUUUUUGUCUAUACGGGUAUGAAAUAAUUAAAAUUUGGCACUUUUCUUUUUUGUCCACUGAAUUGUAAACUUGUAUGCUUUUAAUAUUUUUUUUUUGUUUCUAAUUGUCUUAUUAUCUUAGUUCAAAGAAAAAAGAGUGAAGUUACACUUCGUUUUUUCUUUAAUGCUUUCUAUUUGAGCUCGAUUUAUAAUAUUUUAUUAUAUCUUUACAGGUAUGAAGGUAUUAAUAUUUGAAUUUUUUUUUACUGAAUUGCAAACCUGUAUGCUUUUAAUGUUUUUUGUUUUCUAAUUCCUUAAUUCAAGUAAGGAAAAAGAGUGAGGUUAGAUUUUUUUUUGCUCUUUGAGCUCGAUUUUAUGGAUUUAUUAUAUCGAUGCAUGUAUGAAGUAAUUAACAUUUACAACUUUUAUUUUUUGUCCAUGGAAUUGUAAACCUGUAUGCUUUUAAUAUUUGUUUUUGCUUUCUAAUUUCUUAAUAUGUAUAAUAUGUAAAAUAUAUUUUUAAUAUAAUUCAAGUAAGGAAAAAUAGUGAGGUUAGACUUUUUUGCGUUUAUUGUUUGGUCAGUAGCGGUUUUCAAUGCGUUUCCUUUGAGCUCGUUUUUACGGAUUUAUUCAUUAUAUUUUCGUCAUAUCUUAAUUCAAGUAAGGAAAAAGAGUGAGGUUAGACUUGUUUCCGUUUUUUGUUUUUUGUUUUUAGCCAUUUGUGUGUUUCAAUGCGUUUUCUUUGAGCUCGUUUUUACGGAUUUAUUCAUUAUAUUUUCGUCAUAUCUUAAUUCAAGUAAGGAAAAAGAGUGAGGUUAGACUUGUUUCCGUUUUCCGUUUUUUGUUUUUUGUUUUUGGCCAUUUGUGUGUUUCAAUGCGUUUUCUUUGAGCUCAAUUUUACGCUUUAUAUAUAUUUUUUAUUAUAUAAAUGCAUAUAUGAAGUAAUUAUUAUUUGGAACACUUAUUUUUUGUCCACUGAAUUGUAACCCUAUACAUACAUUUUUACGUUUCAAGUAUGUACCAAAUUUUUUUUAUACAUUUUACCAAUGCUGGCUACAGUUUCGGCCUAUACUGAGUGGCUUUCAACGAAUUUCAGCCAAAAUAAAUCAAUACGAGCCGGAAUUCAGCUUAGCAAAAAUAUUUUGAUGACAUUUUUUUCGUUUUUUCUUAUUUUUGUUAUUAGCGUGCGCCGUUUGCAGAUUAGUGAGUUCCGAUUGCUUUUGUUUUUACAUUGAAUAGAAGCAUCUAAAUAAUCACAUAUUGUAAGAACACCGAAUGUCAUCACAAUGCCUACACACACAGCGAUUAUAAGUGACUGCUACACACACGGAACGAAAAACCGCACACCAAACAUACACAUAUACACAUUUAGUUUGCGAGCCUCACAAAGUUGCAUAGAAGAAGCUAAAUAUGUAAAACUAAUAUUACUAAAUUAACGAAGUGUGGAGAGUAUGCAAGCAUAAAAAAGUAAAUAAUAGCUUAAUAUAUCUAA